UCCAAGCUUAUCAUCGGAAUUUAUGCAUUCAAUAAAACAUUGGAACGACCGAGACAUUAAAUCGAUGUUAUUAUCGGCUAUUCUAUGUAAUCGAAAUGUUAUUUCUAUUAUUUCUACUCGUUUCGCUUCCUGUGAUCAUCAUAACUCGCGAGGAUUUGGGCGAUGACCUGGUGCCCCUGCUAAGGAGUGACUUGGACCUUCCUUUGGAUGAGGAGUACGAAGAUUUGAGGUCCGAAUUUCUGGCGUAUCGAACGUUUUUGGAUUACAUUAAGAAAAGUCGAAGAUCUCUAAUAUCAACACCAUGUUUGCAAGCUGGCGGAAUCUGUAUACACGUGGAUCUCUGUCCUGGUUUUCGUCAACUCGCCGAGGUCCCAGGCUGCAAGAGUCACAAGAAAGUGUGCUGCUUCGUCUGGAACAUCUACAACGUUCGAGACCAUAGGAACAAAGGGGUACUAGGUGUAGGGUUUCCGUGGCACACCGCCGAUCAAAAAUUCGGUGGAAAAGGCGUUGAAGUACGGGAAAUACACAAGCUAAAGAAGAAAAAGGUGGUUGACAGUUAUUUCGGUGAUUUCGAUGAAAAGAAAUGAUUUUUUU